CAGAGAAGGAGAAAUAGAGACUCCGAGAAAGGUCAUCCGUGAAGAUUUGUUCGCAUCUGAUUCCUCCGAUCUGUCAUGGCUAAGGGGUUUCACUAACAACGCUCAGAGAUUUCGUUGGGUGAAGGAGGGAGAUAGAUAGAUUAUAUCUUUUCACAUCCUUUCAUCGUCUCGAGUAAACGUGUAUAAAGUCUCACACUUUGGAGAAAACUUCAUUCUGAGAAGAUAGAAAAAUGGCAGAUGGGAUAUCAAGCUUUUGGGGUCCCGUGACUUCCACCAUAGAGUGUUGUGAGAAGAACUACGCCUACUCCUCCUACAUCGCAGAGUUCUACAACACCAUCUCCAACAUCCCUGGAAUCUUACUCGCUCUCAUUGGUCUCAUCAAUGCCUUAAGGCAACAUUUUGAGAAGAGGUUCAGCAUUCUCCACAUAUCAAACAUGAUCCUCGCCAUAGGCAGCAUGCUUUACCAUGCCACUUUGCAGCACGUGCAACAACAGAGCGAUGAGACGCCGAUGGUGUGGGAGAUACUUCUCUACAUGUACAUCCUUUACUCACCGGACUGGCAUUACAGAAGCACUAUGCCUACUUUUCUCUUCCUUUAUGGUGCUGCCUUUGCUGUUGUCCACGCUUUCCUCAGGUUUGGGAUCGGUUUCAAGGUCCAUUACGUGGUUCUUUGUCUUCUCUGCAUCCCUAGGAUGUAUAAGUACUAUAUUUACACUGAGGACACUGCGGCUAAAAGGAUUGCCAAGUGGUAUGUUGCGACGAUUCUUGUGGGGAGUGUUUGCUGGUUCUGUGACCGUGUUUUCUGUAAGAGGAUAUCUCAGUGGCCUGUGAACCCUCAGGGACAUGCUCUGUGGCAUGUGUUUAUGAGUUUUAACUCGUACUGUGCGAACACGUUCUUGAUGUUCUGUCGUGCUCAGCAACGUGGAUGGAAUCCAAAGGUUAAGUACUUUCUGGGAGUUCUUCCUUACGUCAAGAUUGAGAAGCCAAAAGCACAAUGA